AUGGUGUUCAAGAUCGUUUGCAGUUUGCUGUUGCUCGUCUCUGUCUCGGCAAAUGAUUACUUCCAGCUUCGAGCAGCUGGUGGUGGAUGUAUUGGCAGGCCCAGCGCCUCAGCUGGUAGGGAGCUCUUGCUGAAAUCCUGUGACUUCUCCGACCCAACUGUGAUGUGGAGAUGGGAUAUGUAUGGUCGUUUCCACAGCCAAGUCAACGACGGCGAGUGCAUCCAAGCUGAGCAGUCCCCUGACAUUCUGUUGGGACCUGAUUUCUUGGAGAAGGGAACUCAAAUGUAUGUCAAGCCCUGCAAGGAAGGCGCUGGAACUGUUUUCCAGUCGUUCGAUGACGACUGGGAGUUUGCUGGAUUGACUGGACCACUCUUUUUAAACAUCAGGCCUGAUCUUUGCAUGACCCAUUUCGGAGCUGUACCUGUGAUUGGAGAAUCGCGCAUUAUGCUGAGCGACUGCGCCUCGUUGGGAUCCACCAGAGGCGAGGGUUGGACGGCAUUCUUCCCAAGCUACUUUGUCCUUACCUCCUACUCUGGAGGCUGCAUUGCCCGUCGUAGCAACGGCAACGAUGAACUGUUCCUACAGAGAUGCACUGGCAACGACCCCAACAUUCAGUGGCGCAUUGACGACAUGGGACGCUUGCGCAGCAUGGCAGCGGAUAAUGAGUGCAUGCAAGUGGAGCAGAGACCAGAUAUUUUGGCCGGUCCACAGGCGUUGGAAGGGGGAACUUCUGUGUAUGUGAAGCCAUGUGGUGGACUCAUCAAGGAUGACUUUCAAAUCUUCAACACACUGUUUCCCAUUCCUCUUGUAUAUCCUCCUGAAAUAUCCGGUCCGCUGAGCUUGAUCAGUCGCCCAGAUCUUUGCGUUGUCCACUUUGGUGCAACUCCAACUAUUGGCCAAUCGCGCAUCAUGGUGCUGGAGUGUGAUGCUUUGGGCGGCAACAGGGCACUUGGCUGGAUGCCUGAUAACCCGUGCAACUAUCCUCCGUUCUGUCUCUAA